AUGAAAGUGGCACGGUUUUUAGCGAAUACUGUAGUAUCACAUCACAAUUCAGUUGUCACUGCAUCCUGCGGACUUCGUGGCGAAUUGUCAGCAUACAUUAACAGCAUGUCUCCGUUUCAGGUCACUGACCAUCCCGAACCGGCCGUAACGCAGAUAGUAACUGGAGACGACCAUAAGGACAUGCUGGCAGCCACUUUAAGUCAGGCGCUGAACCAUCUCAUGACUUCACGAAGGGCCUACCUCUCCGAUGAUGAAUCCAGCGAGGACUCGGACUUUUGA